UCAACCUGUACCCUUGACUUUUAAGUUACCUAAAACGCAUUCACCCCACUAUAUUCCUUAGUAAUUUCGAUCUUUAAUUUCCUUCCUUUUAUUAUGGCAAAAAUGGUAGCUGCUGCUCAUGAAGAAAACCCUUUCGGUUUCCAAGACUAUUUUCCUUCAAUGAUGGAAAGACUUGGAGCUGAAGGUUUUAUGAGGGAGCUUUGCAAUGGAUUUUGCUUGCUAAUGGAUGUGAGUAUAGGGCUUAUAACUUAUGAGAGUUUGAAAAGAAACACUAUAUUGCUUGGUUUGCAUGAUCUUAGAGAUGAUGAGUUAAUUUGCAUGUUAACUGAAGGAGAUUUGGAUGGGGAUGGAGCUCUUAAUCAAAUGGAGUUUUGUAUCCUUAUGUUUAGAUUGAGUCCUGGUUUGAUGGAUGGAUCCAAGCAAUAUAUGGAUGACUUGGGUCUUAUUGAUUUCCAACCCUAAUUUAUUUUACUACUAUGUUUCUAUGCCUUUAUCUUUUGGAUGUAAUUGUAUUAAUAUCAUGAGAUGCCAAAUAAAUAAAAUACUCAUGUGUAUGAUGUAUAUGUACCCCGGAAGGAGUGCUAUAUAAUCAUACUACAUCAGGUGCUUCUAAUUUUUUCUUAA